AUCUUUGCAGAUGACGCUGUUGUUGGUCUGCACUGAGGUUGCAGAUAGGAAGCUCUUGCUGUGCCGCAGGUGAUAAGAGCUAAGUACAUUGUGUAUCGUGUAGCCACUGUCCUCGGAUCAAUCAUUAGCUCUUAAAGGAAUUAUGUUGUUCAGAAAAUCUAUUACGACAAAAACUUGUUUGUCGCCUGAGAGUUAGAAGAGAUCAAUAGCAGGAUGGGACAAACCUCCAGAAUUGGGAGGGAGCUGUGGGGGGAGCCUAAGACACUUUAGAGUAUUUAAAGGAAACCUCAUCCAACCUAUAAUCAUCAGACGACACUGAGAGGAAAGUCAGAUUUGUCUUAAGAAAAAGCCAAGAACUAAGACCUUCUACUUCAAGGAAAUUCUUAUAUUAACAAGUAGAAAACAAGAUAUACCAUGCCAUCCCAGCAGAAAACAGAGCUUCUGAUAUCUGACAUGGUGACUCAGGGAAAUCUGAGCAGCUUAAGUCCAGAUGUGGUCGAUUUUAUAGUAACCUAUGCAAAGAUCUGUCUGCCUGAGAAUAUCCAUAUAUGUGAUGGCUCAGAGGUGGAGAACAAGAAUCUUCUCCAUCACAUGGAAGAAACUGGAAUGAUCAAAAGACUCCACAAAUAUGAGAACUGUUGGCUGGCUCGUACAGAUCCCAGUGAUGUAGCAAGAAUUGAGAGCAAAACUGUAAUUGUCACUCAGGAACAAAGAGACACGGUACCAGUUUCUAAAAGUGGUGUCAGUCAACUCGGCCGCUGGAUGUCAGAGGACGAUUUUGAAAAAUCCUUUAAAUCCAGGUUUCCUGGAUGUAUGAAAGGUCGCACAAUGUAUGUCAUUCCAUUCAGCAUGGGACCUAUAGGCUCAUCCCUCGCCAAGAUUGGCAUCCAGCUAACCGAUUCUCCAUAUGUGGUAGCGAGCAUGAGAAUUAUGACCCGUAUGGGCACUGCUGUCUUAGAGGCUCUCGGGGAAGGAGAGUUUGUCAAAUGCCUUCACUCUGUUGGCUGCCCAUUACCUCUAAAAAAACCUCUUGUGAAUAACUGGCCAUGCAACCCAGAGCUAACCCUCAUUGCGCAUAUUCCUGACCGAAGAGAAAUUAUCUCCUUUGGAAGUGGGUAUGGGGGUAACUCCCUCCUGGGCAAGAAAUGCUUUGCUCUUAGGAUUGCUAGCCGGAUUGCCAAGGAAGAAGGCUGGCUGGCAGAGCACAUGUUGAUUUUGGGAAUUACCAAUCCAGAAGGAAAGAAGAAAUAUUUUGCUGCAGCAUUUCCAAGCGCUUGCGGGAAAACCAACCUGGCAAUGAUGAGACCAUCUGUCCCAGGCUGGAAGAUUGAGUGCGUAGGCGAUGAUAUUGCUUGGAUGAAGUUUGAUGGGCAAGGCAAUCUCAGGGCAAUCAACCCUGAAAAUGGAUUUUUUGGUGUGGCCCCUGGAACAUCUGUGAAGACCAACCCUAAUGCCAUGGAAACGAUUUCGAAAAACACAAUAUUCACAAAUGUAGCUGAGACAAGCGAUGGUGGUGUCUACUGGGAGGGCAUGGAUGAAUGUCUGGCACCAGAAAUUACACUUACCUCAUGGAAGAACAAGGAAUGGACCCCAGAGGAUGGUGAGCCUACAGCCCAUCCCAACUCCCGGUUCUGCACUCCGGCCAGCCAAUGUCCUAUCAUUGAUCCUGAGUGGGAGUCUUCUGAAGGUGUACCCAUUGAAGGAAUCAUUUUUGGUGGGCGUAGACCUGCUGGUGUGCCACUGGUUUAUGAAGCACUGAGUUGGCAACAUGGCAUCUUUAUUGGGUCAGCAAUGCGAUCUGAAGCAACAGCUGCUGCUGAGCAUAAAGGCAAGGUCAUAAUGCAUGACCCCUUUGCUAUGAGACCCUUCUUUGGCUAUAAUUUUGGUCGAUAUCUCACCCACUGGCUUAGCAUGGAACACCUCCCAUCUGCCAAGCUGCCCAAGAUCUUCCAUGUCAACUGGUUCCGUAAAGACAAGCAAGGCAAAUUCCUGUGGCCAGGCUAUGGGGAAAACAUCCGUGUCCUUGAAUGGAUGUUCAACCGGAUUGAUGGUGAAGACUGUGCCACUGAGACCGCCAUUGGCUAUGUUCCAGCAGAGGGGUCUUUAAACCUAAAAGGUCUAGGGGAUGUUAACAUAGAACAGCUUUUUGAAAUAUCCAAGGAGUUCUGGGAAGAAGAAGUGAAGGACAUUAGGAAAUACUUUGAUGACCAAGUCAAUGCUGAUUUACCAUAUGAGAUAGACUGGGAACUGAACUCUUUAAAUGAGAGGUUGAAGCAGCUGUGAGAUAUUUAGGGAGUCAAUGAUAGCGCACUUAAGAUUUAGAGAAGUAAAAUUCUCUGACCCUUGAAUCUGGGUCCCCAUCAGCUGAAUCUAUUAAUAUGUGGUCUACAGGUAGUAUCACUGCCUCCUGGGCUUUUAGAUGUAAUGGGGUAACCUACCUAGUAGGACGUACUGUAUACUGUCUUCCAUUCUUUCUAUAUAUCUUCUCUAGCUAAUAUAUAGUAAAUAAUAGAGGGGAAGAUGAAAAGUAGGACGACGAUGUGUUUCUUGAUAGACUGUAACGUGGGUAUGGAGCGAGCAAUGUGUAUUAUGUGAGUUUAACUAUUAAGGGAGAAAGGAAAGAAGAGUCGGAAAAGUUUUUAUAUAAUACUUUAUAUGUUUUAUAUUGAUUUAUAUUCUAAAUAUUUUAUGUCUUUAUUUUCUUACUUUGGUUUCAUGAGAAAUAAUAAGAUUUUUAUAUCA